UUUAGAGCAAUUUUCGCAUUUUAAGAUUGUUGAGCAUAUUGCACACAUUCGCACCCGGCCCAAUAUAAUUUUGAAUAGCUGAAGAAAUUGCAAGAAGGUCUUAUUCUGGCCAACCUUUUAUUUUACGAAUACGCGCCGGGCUCAAUCGCCCAAUUUGUGUUUACUUCCUAAACCAGUACGCAAUUUUUUAUUGAUGGAUCGCGAAUACAACCAUAAUAAUAUUCGUCUCCAUGGAAUAAUAUAAUAGUCGGUGCAUCUUUGUUCAUCCGGAUAUUAUACCAGUUUUUCUGCUGUGGUUUCCGCGAUUGUUAGUAGUUUUCUUCUAAAUCUGUGUGAAAAUACAUUAUGGAUACUGCUGCCGAUGUCGAGAGACAGGCUAAUGAUGUGUCUUCCCCUUCCGGCAAAGGGACGUUCUUACGGCGGACAUGCAUUGCUGUUACUGUCUACACUUGUUUUGUAGGUGCGUGGAUGUUGAGUGAUAAUAUGCAUGAUUUGCUCCAUCAUAUGCUACUGGUGACAAGUGCGACAGCUUCUCCGCUACUGUUUCCACCGGAAGUAUAUCUUACUGAGUCCCGAGCGUGGAGUUUUAUGUACGUAUCCCUACUCUUAACCGGAGCAAUCGUGUUGGGAUGCGGAAUUAAAAAGCGCUCCACGGGAUUGCAUAUAGUCUGGAUUGUCCUGUUUGCACCAUAUUUAAUUGGUCAGCUAAGGCUGUUCGUAAUUACAGUAAUGAAAUUUGUGGACCACUCGGAUAUGUUUCCCAUGCUGCACAGCUUACAUUCAGUGGAAAGCGGUGACUUUCAAAACGAAAUGACGCAAACUGUCUUUUGGUCCCAAGUUAAACUGAUUCUCGAACUGGGAUUGCUCGUUCCUCUUAAUCUGUCAUUUGUGGUAGUGGUAUUCAGCCACUCGCAACGUCUCGGGACUUUGAUUGCAAGUAAUAAUAAUGGAAGUACAUACAUCGAAAUGGUUGAUGAAACGGAACCCGCGGAAGCUGGCAGUGAGAGUUGACCUUUUGGAUGGUAGUCGUAGGCUGCAACGCCACUGCCACGUUUCCAUAUUUUCUAUGGGCGUUAUACUGGGAUCCAAAAUGGGCCUCAUAGAACUGAAUUCUUGCUGCGCUUUUGGAGCUAACGGGGGGAUCUUGUCCGGGAUACAACAUUCCAAUAACAUUUGCUCAACAAAUCACGUG